GAUAGUGCAGUUGUGUAAAUAAAAAAAUUUAGCGUGUUUCUGCAGAUUUGUCUUUAUUUUAUUUGCCUUCCGUAAUUUCUGUUAAAAACAAUGCUUUCAAAUUUGAUAAUCACCAGUGAACGGUUUGUGGUAAUAAUUGACGAAACAGCUCAGGAGAAGAUUGCGCACAAUAUACUCUGUCAGCUGCUGCGAGAGCAGGGACAGGACGAAAAGUCAACCAUAAAAACACUGCCAUUAAAUACAGAUUUAGAAAAUUGGUCGACAUUCAAAAAUUUCUAUAAAAAAUGUGCAAAUGAUGAAAGUAAAUGCAAUGCCAUUUUGCCGCCACUUGCCGAUCUAUUGUGCUAUCAAAGUGUUGAGAAAAUCAUAUAUUUUGUACAUAGACUUCAACAAUGCGAACAAGUGCAACGUAUCCUUCUAUGGGUGACACCAGCAAAUCUUGUACAUCCACAUGUCGAAUAUUUGGUAGGCGCUUUUGAAUACCAAGCUGAUUUAGUAUUGCACUUGGAGACAAGCAAUACUCUGUCCAUUGUUUCACGCAAAACAGGUGGUGGCGUAUGGAACAAAAAAUAUACAUAUACAAAAACAAAAAAUGAAUUCCUAGUAGAGGCAUUACAAAACGUACCAAAGACUACACCAGUAGCCAAAGCUACUUCCACAACAACUACGAAUACACCUGGUACAACAUUCAAAAUCGAAUUGAAUGAAGAUGAAAUGGUCGCGCGCAAUACACUAAAGUUGCCUUAUGAAAAAACAUCUGAAACUAAUGAAAGUUCAAUUAUCUACACACCCGAUGAUGGCGAUGACUUUGAUGAGGAGGAGGAAGACCCAGAUGAUGAUCUGUGCAUAUAAAGUGUUUAUUAUAUUUUAAUUAUGUUUGAAAUAGAAGGAAUGGAUUAGAGUGCUUCAUAAAAGUUAAAA